AUGGCUGCGUUUAUCGGGAUCGGCGUGUUGAGGCAUAUGUUAUACCGUCUGAUAUUUUGGGCGGCUAUAUUGUUAUGCCUCUCACAACUGUUGUUAACGUUAUGGAGAUCAGACCGGCCGAUGGCAAUGAAGUCGAGCAACAUCAACACCAGGAUGAUCCUGCAGAAUAUGAUAGAUUUUCAUAUCGCACGGACCACAACACCGCCUUACGAGAGCCUGUUGACCGUCGAACCAUGGGUGGACAAGCUGUCUGUGCAAUCGGAACAGCUAAUCAUGGACCAAGUACAAAAACGGCUACCUAAUCUACCCGUUACGUAUUGGAACCAGAAUAAGAACAAAGCGAUGUACUACAAAAACGAGAGCUGUGCCAAGUUCCCGAGUAUAUACGAAUUGGAAUUCAACAACGUGUACUGGCAGUCGCUGCAGACGUCCAACGGGUCGUUUCACCUCUACAGCGCUUACUACGACGUGAGAAAGCUGAGUAGGAUCGGACCAGCGGUCCGGAUACUUGGCAUGAUCAACCGGAUCGAGCCGACGGUCAAGACUCACUGUCAGUUUUGGUUCGAUGACCACAAGCAGCCCGUCAUCGUGAAAAUUAUGGAAUACAAAUACAUAUGGUACAAGAAGUGGGGCAACUACAAGCAGGGCAUAUUUCAGCCGUACCUGAUCGCCUGCCAGAUACCCAAGUCCCACCACCACGCCGUGCCAGCUUCCGUUUCAUUGGUGGAGAACGUGUGUGAUAAGGCCACCAACAAUCUGCGAGUGGUGUACAACCGUCCGGCUGUGAAGAAGGGUUUCGCGGUGUGCGUCAAAGGCCUGGACUUCCUGUACGAAGACCUGUCGGUGCGGUUGGUCGAGUGGAUCGAGCUGCUGCAUAUCCUGGGCGCGGACAAGAUAUUCUUUUACCAGCUGCAAGUGCACCCGAACAUCAGCAAGGUGCUCGACCACUACGAGUCCUUGGGCCGCGUGCACGUGACGCCAUUGACGUUGCCCGGUGGCCAGCCCAACGUGCCGGGAUUCCAGCACCUGUACCUGACCAAAAAGGUGAACCACAAGCGGCAGAACGAACUGAUACCGUACAACGAUUGCCUGUACCGGAACCUCUACUCAUACGACUACAUAGCUCUGUUGGACAUCGACGAAGUGAUAAUGCCUAUUCGGACCAGGACGUGGAAGGAGCUCAUGGAAACGGUGAUGGUGAAAGCGCUGGCGGCCAGGAACGAGACCCGCGCUUCGUACAACGUCCGGAACGUUUAUUUCCUGGACGAUCUGAUCCACACUCACGGUUGGUUCAAGACCAUUCCUAAGUACAUGCACAUGUUACAGCAUGUGUACAGGAGUAAGAACUACACGAAACCGAAUCAGUACGUGAAAUGCUUUCACAACCCCGAAAGAGCAUUGACGCUGCACAACCAUUUUCCGCUGGCUUGCUUGAGCCAGGGAUGUACCUCGUACGCUAUGGACACGACGGAUGCACAUCUGCAACAUUAUCGGGCUGACUGCGUGAAGACACUGAAGAAAACUUGCACGGAGUUCAGACAGAACAGUGUGAUCGACACGACCAUCUGGAGGUACAAAAGAGAUCUCAUAUCCAGGGUGUCGAACACGUUGUCGUCUCUGGGUUUUUUCCCCGCCAUAUGA